AACGAAAUGAUUACCGAGGUCCCCCGGUCGCCGCCCCGUCUCCUCUCGCUGCUGCCCACUUCGCUAUACCCUUUGCCCUCUCGCCGAAGCCCGAGCCCUCCUCCCGCCGUCUCGCCAAGGCCUUGAACACGGCCGAGCGCUACUUCCACUCCAGCGAGCACCUCGGAAAAAAAUUUGCUCUCGCUCCAAGCCGCAUCCACUGAUGCGACCGCCCACCGACACCUCCACCUUCGGACACCAAUCCUCCACUUCUCUCGUGCUCCUGCCACAAUCCUGGUAACGGAAGAGGGUAGGUGAACAGAAAAAGAGGGAGUCGGAGAAGAGGGGAAGAAUGAACAAGGACAAGAUAUUUAAGCUGGCCAAGGGCUUCAGGGGGAGGGCAAAGAACUGUAUAAGGAUAGCAAGGGAGAGGGUGGAGAAGGCCUUGCAGUACUCCUACAGGGACCGCCGCAACAAGAAGAGGGACAUGCGCUCCCUCUGGAUCGAGCGCAUCAACGCUGGCGCACGCCUGCAUGGGGUGAAUUAUGGUAAUUUUAUGCAUGGAUUGAUGAAGGAGAACAUCCAUCUGAACAGAAAAGUGCUAUCAGAGUUGUCAAUGCACGAGCCAUAUAGCUUUAAAGCACUGGUUGAUAUUUCUCGCAAGUCAUUUCCAGGAAACAAGGUCCCAAAGAAGGAAGGUCUAUCGACUAUUUUGUGAGCGUCUCUGUUUUUUGUGUGUUCUGCUGAAACUCUUGGUAUUCUUCUUUCAUCCGUCCAAAAACCACAACCAAGUAUUAUCUAAACUUGGUGAACGUCAUCGAUCUUGCUGUCUGCUAUUCUAGUUGAUGGAGGACCUAAAGUUGGAUGUGGUUUUCUUCAAGCCAGAGCCAUAUUUGUUUAUCAAGCGAAACUAGAAGUCAGAGUAGGAUCUAGUUUUUCAGGCUUCUUUUUGAUCUCCACUAUUCUCCAUUAUGAACUGUUUCAGUUCGCAGGCACCAGAGAUUACAUCUCUUGCAAUAUUGAUAAAUCAUCCAGUCAUGCUUUCCUUCCAAAAUUUGAAAUGGAUGUGUGUUUCUCCCUGUAUGCAGCUGCUCUUGUCGAAUUAUGUUUUACCAUAUAGGACUCCUAGAUGAUGGAAUUGGAAAUGCAAAAGUUGCUGCUGAUAUGAUAGCAUGCAGAUGGGUGCUGCUUAGCUGUUUCAACGCAUGUUUGUUCCAUGAUGGUCGAUGUCAGUGUACGUGGGUUCCUCACAUGAACUCUGCUGGGCCUCGUGUAACAUCUCUUGGCCUUGGUGUGGCAUUUGCUCAAAGUAUGUGCAUAUUUGCUGUAGGCCUGAGGUAAA